ACCAGACAGACACAACACUUAAACACUGUGGGUCCAAGCAUAAAACUGCUUUCCUGUUGUAGAACGACUACAUGAGUUUAACCUGCCCCGUGGGCUGAAUAAUGUUACUCCUAACUCCCCGAUGAUUGCUGCUCGCCAUUAGACACUUGUCUGCAACUGUGGUUAAAUUUCCCACCAUAUCUUGGCGUUGAAACCAUGUUAGAUCGCCACUGAUGUCUAGAAUAGGCACUGUAGAGUGUAGCGUGUCAAGGUGGUACAGAGUAGGCGGCUAAAAUGUUCAAUGAAAGCAGGAGCACUCAGAAUGCGAUCCGUAAGCUGAGAGAACACUUCGCCCAAGAUGUGUACAAAAAGGACGCCCAACUACACUGUGAACACGAAAGCGACUCCGAUGACGGAUCGUUUACCGACAACAAGAAAAAGAAGGAAAGGGUGUUUUCCAAUCGAGAGAAAUGUCUGCUAGGCGUCCUGCUCGCCCUGCUGGUGCUCCUGAUCGCCGCUGUGGCCUACCUCCUCUACAUGCUGCUGCAGAACAUGAACAAACCGAAAGGAUUCUUCUGUUUGGAGCCGCACUGUGUGGAGGAGAGCGCUAUGGUGAUAAAAAAGAUGGACCUCAAAGCCGAGCCAUGCAAAGAUUUCUACCAAUUCUCCUGCGGAAGGCAUCUAAAGGAACUUAUCGUGUCGCCAGGUGUCGCUAAAUAUGGUAUACUGCAGGGCAUCGGAGGCCAUAAUUUUGCUAUCCUGCGAAGGGAACUCGCGACACCUGGACACGUGUUUAAGGGUAAGAAUUCCUCAGCCAUCGCCAAAGCCAAGAUGAUCUACCAGUCUUGUCUGGACGAAGUCACUAUUGAGGAAAAGGGCGGGAGACCACUUUUAAAGGUGAUCGAGUCUAUAGGAUCGUGGAACAUCAGCACAGACCCGGAAGGCGGCAGACUAGACCCAGACAAGUGGGACCUGACGGAAGCACUCAUCAACGCGCACAAACUCGGGCCCAACCCGCUCUUCGGCUUCGGCAUCAGUGCAGACGACAAGGACUCCGAGAAAAACAUCAUGAUGUUUGUUCACGCUGGACUCAGUUUGAAACAUGGCGAAAUGUACACCAACAAGAAAACUGCUGCAAAGCUUAAAAAGGGCUGGUUGAACUACGUCGUGAAACUGGCAGUUUUGCUCGGAGCAAAAGAGGACGAUGCAAGACAACAGUUAGAGGAUGUGUGGGAGUUUGAGACCGAACUAGCCAAGAUCGAUGAAAGGGCUCCGUCAAGAGGGAAUACGUUUGAAAGGUACAACAAGUGGCCACUGAAGAACCUGACGGCUAUAAUGCCAUCUAUCAACAUAAAGAAGUACGUAGAGGACAUGCUGCUGGGACAGAAGGUCAGCCCAGACACACCGGUGCUCGUCUACGACCCGGGGUAUCUGAUUGAAAUGUCCAAAAUCGUGGCCAACACCAGCAAACAGGUUUUAGCCAACUACAUUGUCAACCAGAUCAACCAGAAGUUUGCUCCGUACCUGUCCCUCAAUUUCCGCAUCGCCAGCCUGGAACUAGAAAAGGUCGUCCGAGGGACGAGGUCAACGCCCUCCAGGAGUGGCUUCUGCACGUCCAUAGCCAACAAAAUGGCAGGCUGGGCCACCGGCGCAAUGUUCGCGGACAAAAACUUCGAGAAAGGCCACUUUGACAAGGCAAACAAAAUGUUGGAUGGCAUAAAAGAGCAGAUGAGGCUUACGUUAGAGGAGGCAGACUGGAUGGAUAACCAAACAAGGACGAUCGCACUGGAGAAACUCGCUGCACUCAGGCGCAUGAUCGGAUAUCCCGACUUCAUCAAAGACCCAGCCAAGCUAGACAAGUACUACGAAAAGUUGGUAGUGACAGAUGAUGACUUCGUCAGUAACAUGUUGCUCGUCCAGAAAUUCAACCUGGAUCGAAUAGUAGCAAGAUUUGGAAAACCUGUGGACAGAUCAGAGUGGCACAUGAAACCGGCAAAGGUGAAUGCCUACUACAGCGCCAGCUGCAAUUUGAUGGCGUUUCCAUCUGGAAUCCUCCAACCACCUGUUUACGGACCAAAGUUUCCAAUGGCGUUCAACUUCGGGUCCAUGGGAGCGAUAAUGGGUCACGAGUUAUCCCAUGGGUUCGACGAUCACGGAAAAGAAUAUGACAAGGACGGGAACCUAAGAAACUGGUGGACGGCAGAAUCUUUGAAAAACUUUCGGAAGAAAUCCGAGUGUUUGCAGAAGCAGUACUCUGAAUACACAGUGUAUGGAGAACAUGUCAAUGGUGAGAAUACCAUUGGAGAGAACAUAGCGGACAACGGAGGCGUCAGAUUAGCGUACAAUGCGUACCAGAGCUGGCUCGUGUCACACAGGGACACAAUACUACCCGGCCUCAACAAGACUUCUGAACAGUUGUUUUUCUUAGGCUGGGGACAGACCUGGUGCACAUACUACAAGGAGGAAUAUGCCAGACACUUACUGUAUUCAGACCCACACAGCCCUGCAAAAUACAGAGUGAACGGCCCGCUUGCUAACUUCCCAAAGUUUGCGGAGGCGUACACAUGUCCGCUGGGCACGCACAUGAACCCGAAGAAGAAAUGUGUUCUUUGGGGGAAAUCUGAAUGUCCAAGCGGUGGGGAGGGCUGCCAAAAGAAAACUCAAUCAAAACGAGGCGGAUUCCUGGACUGGUUGGAACUGGAUGCCUACGAUCAUACAGACGAUCAGAGAUCUAGGGAAAAUACGCUAGACUGGCUAGACUAGGACACAGACGACAGUGAAAACUGGCUCUAACAAAAUGCCAGCGGACAAAGGAUUGAGAGGUUACGGGUUUGAUUCCUGGCUAGACGCUGUGUCCUGGGGAAAGGCAUUGCUUUCCCCACUCCAUCCAUGUGUAAAAAUGGGUACCUGACUAAGGUUAGCGGUGGAAGGAGAGGGGCCAAUAACGUGUCCUAUAGCUAGACACAGUAGAUAACAAUCCACUGCCACUACAACCUCAAAAAGGGUAUGGGAACUUAACCCUUUUUAUGGUUGCGUGGCAAGAAAAAUGUUAUCAUAUGAAAUAGCCAAUAUCAGUAUCUGUCAGUAUUAUGGGGCCUUGGAAUAUGUUAACUUAACACUCUGACCACUACAUGUACCUAUGAAAUUAAGUCUUAAAAAAGGGCUGAUCAGAAACAUUGGAGUUCUUGGUUGUGGUGACAUCAUACUAAAAAGGGAAAGUGUCCAAUGUAGACCUCAUUAUCCAGUUUUUGGAUAGUUAUAACGUUACCAGGUUCUGAAUGCUUGUGUGAUUCUGGUUGCUGUCCGGUUGGGGUCUGUGAACUCUCAGAUUUUAGGGAAGGAAAAGAAUUAGAAGAAAAGUUAGUCAAGAAAUGCUAAUAUCCAUGCAGAUUCAGCUCAGUAUUCAUGCAUGAUUUUUAGCGAUGCUCCUUUUUUACUCUUUGUUUCCUAAACUACGAGAAAGAUGCAAUAAUUGCUGCAAAAUCAUGCAUAAACACAGAGUUGGGCAUCACAUCUGCUUGAAAGUUGAAUAGAUGCUAGUUACUUCAAGUUUGUGAAGACAUUGAGGAUUGGAAAAAUCCAACAGACUUCAGAGAUAGAUAUCACAAAAAGUAUAAUUGCAACAACCAUUUGGCCUGCCCCUGAGGCAUCGCCAAAAACAACAAUGAUAUAGAGCAAUGAGCUUUUAAAUGACAUGUUAAGGUUUACAGUACAUGAACUAAAUUGAAACAAAUUAUUCAAGUUUUCCAAGUUAGAUUUUCCCAAUGCUCUGAUUCUUUUUCAGACUUUAAGUGACGUUAGUGAUAUUAGAAAGUAUUGAUGAAGUAAUAUUUGUAGUCUUUAGAAACUAACAAUUCAUGUGUACAGAACUCCAAAUGCUGCCUUCAAGAAAUCAACAAAAAAGCCAUGUGUAUAACUUAUGACAUAUAUUGAGCCAUUGUUUUGUUAGUAUGUACAACUUCAGUGGUUCAGGGUAGUAUAGAAUGUGAAACUGAUGUACGGAGAAAUAAAUCAAACUUUUCUUACAAUA